UCCCCUCUCUUUUUCUCAUCUCUAUCUCUCUAUCUAUCUAUUUGAGAGCUCGAAGCUCUAUCCUGCCUCGUGGUGGGACCAUGCAGCCGCCACAGCCAUUGUGGUCUUUGUCCCCUUGAAGCCACCUGAAACCAGCCAUGGCUCCCGCGGCCGCAAUCUCUCAAGAAAGCUCCAUGAUGUCGCCGGAGGACUCCUUUCGAAUGGAUUCUGAGGAAAGCUUCGAGCCCGUGGACGAGAGGGACCCACAAGAGAUCCUCGCUGAGCGGGCGAAGGCCCGGAAGCAGAAGAUCAUUGUUGUGCUCUCCGCCAUCAUCCUGGUCUCGAUGGUCAUGGCCAUCUCGAUCAGCAUGCUCCUCAGCGAGAUUGCAGACCCGGAGCAUGCCCCUGGCGGGCCCGGCCCAUCAUCCUCUCUGCAAAAGAUCCAGGCCCUCUGUAGCCUCACGGACUACAGGGACCUGUGCAUAUCCAGCAUCUCAUCCUACUCCGGCCUCCACAUGGAGGACCCGCGGGACUUGAUCAUGUACUCCAUCCAGGCCGCCUCGGAUUCGGUGGCAGUGGCCCGCAGAAUGGCCAUCAAGCUCGCCCAGACUAUUGGUGAGGGCCGCACGAGGUGGGCUCUCUCCGACUGUGACCUCCUACUUCGUUACGCGUACGAAGAGCUCAGAGCCGCCCGAGCGAGCAUGGACGGUGACACAGUCAUGGACAUCCCUGGAAAGAUUGAGGACAUCGUGAAUUACCUCAGUGCCGCCGUGACAUACCAGUGGACAUGCUCCGAAGGGCUCCAAGGAACAAAUGGAGGUGUUCGGGACCGAGUAACUGGAGUCCUUAGAAAUGGGACUGAGAUGUCGAGGAACAGCCUCGCCAUGAUGUCUGAGGUUCCUCUACUGGAUGAGUUGCUGAAUGAGGGGAAAUUUGGCAGAAAGCUGCUAUCUGAUAGCAGGGGUAUCCAAGUGGAAAGAAGCUUUCUGAAGGGUUGUGGGGAUUUUCAGACAAGUUGCAGGGCUUUUCCGGCAGCCAACGUGGUGGUGGCAAAGGAUGGGAGCGGCGAUUUUCAGACGAUCUCGGAAGCGUUAAAAGCAGUAGCAAAGGUACCAAAGGAGAGGCGUGUGAUAAGAGUGAAGGAGGGGGUCUAUGAGGAGACUGUGAGUGUGACACCAGACAUGAGGGACCUCGUCAUGAUCGGAGAUGCACCGGAAAACACAAUCAUCACCGGAAAUCGGAGCUUCAACGAUGGACUCACAGAAUAUAGGACGGCAACUUUUGUGGCAUCAGGAUCAUACUUCACUGCCGUGAACAUAACCUUCGAGAACACCGCCGCACCGCAUAAUGGGGUGGCGGUGGCAAUCCUCGUCGAAUCCGACCAUGCCGCCUUCUUCAACUGCCACAUAUCCUCUCACAACCGCCCGGUGUACGCCCACACCCACCGCCAAUUCUAUCGGAACUGUCUCAUAUCUGGCUCCAUAGACCUCAUCGCUGGGGACGCCACAUCUGUAUUCCAGAAUUGCACUCUCCAAUUGGAGACACCGCCCGGCAUCCAACGGGCCUCCAUCACAGCCCAAGCCCGGUUAGACAAGCACCAGACUACCGGCACCACCCUGCACAAUUGCAGCAUCUCGGGCUCGCAAGGCUCGGUGUACUUGGGCCACCCAACCGGGCCUAGGGCCCGAGUGGUGGUGGCCCAGACAGAGAUGAGUGGGGUGGUGGAGCCACAGGGGUGGUGGGCCCAGGAAGGGUUGGACGUCAAGGGGGUGUUUUAUGGGGAGUUUGAGAACAGGGGUGAUGGAGCUAGUCUAAGAGGGAGGAUUCGAUGGCCAGGAUUUCACGCGAUGCGAAAUCCGAUGGAAGUGAUGGGUUUCACGGUUGGAGGGUUUAUACAAGGAAUGUUAUGGUUAAACAAAACUGGAGUCCCUUAUUACCUUGGUUUAUUACCCACUUAACACUCCUUUUCUCUAUAAGUCUCUUGGAGCCCCUCAUAAUCUUGUUUUAUUUCACCCCUAAAUCCCUCUCUCUCUCUUCUCUUAGGUUAAUACCCGCUUGACUUCUCUCUCUAUUGAGAAAAACUGGAGUCCAAAUGGGCCAGGUGACUGGCUUGGUUAACCGACCCUGAAAAAGUAAGGUCAGGGCUACAAAAUAUGACCUGAGGGCAAGCAAGGGCCUGAUCACAAUGGCUCAUAAGGUCGGCUUGGGCCGGGUCUGUAGUUUCCUUUAAUUUUUUUUAUCUUUUCUUUGGAUCGGCGCAGCCAUCCAAGCCCUAUAGGGACCCGGGCCAGGGCUGGGCCAAGGUGGCCGGCCCAUCAUUUAGAUUAGUAUUGAGGAAGA